AUGAAAGUUAACAUUUUUGGCUUAUUCUCUUCAUUGGCUCUAAAUAUAAACUUACUUAUCUCUUUCCUCACACACCUUUAACAUGGUGCGGUGAACGUAGAAGCCAUGGUUGAAGAGGGAACAACUUGAUUUUUGAUCUUUGUGACUAAAAAAUUGAUAAUGAAUCCAUUCCCUUUUAAUCUCCUAUUUCAAUUUCUCCAUUCAAUUGUUCUUUUACUUCUCACUUCAACAUCGUCUCUGACCUAAUUUCUCGAUUUACCACAAUCGUUUGUAUUCUCACAUCAAUAAUUUUCUUUUUUUAAUUCCUAAUUUCUCUGACCUAAUUUCUCUCCUCCCAAUUCGAUUUCUCAGAUUUAUCUCUUCCUUUUCUAAAUUUCUUUUCUUCUCUUCUCUUGGACUCUUACGAUAGUGUUUGAUGAGAGUGUGUUUAUCUCUUCGUAUGUCCAUCAAAGAGUGAGGUAACAACUCCGAUCAACGAGAUCAAGAGAAGAAGGUCUGAAUUCUCAUCUCUGAAAUUCAUUGAAUUUGUGCCGAAAAUGGUGGAUUCAAGUUUGGGAUGCUCGACAGGUGGUUCAAGAACCAUGGAUAUGCAUCAGAUAGCAUCAUUUCUGAGUCAGAUAUCAGCGAUUCAAGCGCACAUCGCGAAAACCAGUAAUCUAGUUCAAGAUCCAACAAGUGCCUACUUUCUUCACCCAUUAGAAAACCCAGGUAUCCCCAUAACUACUGUUUUUCUUACUGGUCAGAACUAUAGUACAUGGAGUAGAGAAAUGUGGAGAGCACUUAAAUCAAAGAACAAAACAAAAUUUUGUUGAUGGAAGCAUCACAAAAUCAGAGAGCACAGAUCCAUUGUUUGAAAUAUGGGAAAGGUGUAACACUUAUGUAAUUGGCUGGAUAAAUCUUUCAAUUAGUCCAGAUAUUCGUCAAAGUGAAACAUGGAACAAUCUUGUUAGUGAUUUGUGGCUUGAUCUGAAGCAACGCUAUUAUCAAGAGGAUAGGUACCGUGUUGGUGAAUUAGAUUAAGAACUAUACACAUUAAGAUAAGGCGAAUUGGAUGUGACAUCCUACUAUACAAAACUCAAAACAAUUUGGGAAGAAAUUGACAAUUUUUGGCAAAUACCAUCAUGUGAAUGUGGCAUCACGUGUCAAUGUGAUCUAGGAGUAAUUAGAAGCCAAAGGGAGGAAGAAAGAAUUGUGAAGUUUUUGAGAGGAUUGAAUGAGCAAUAUUCUAAUGUGUGGUCUCAGAUCAUGCUCUUGGAUAAGUUGUCGAGUCUGAAUGUGGUGCUCUCCAAGCUUACUCAACAAGAGAGACAGUUUCUCAGCCUUGAAACUACCUCAUACAUUCAAAUUUUGGCGGCACCUACCAAUUCCUUGAACACUGUUAUGACUUCUCAAGGCAGAGGGAGAGGAAGAGGUAGGGGAGGCAGGUUUCAAGCUGGGGGGAGGGGCAGAGGAGGCAGAACAAGGAUGCAGUGUUCGUUUUGUGACAAAACUGGACACACAGUAGAUAUGUGUUACAAGGAACACGGACUUCCUCCUCAUCUAAGGCAAAGAAACACUAACUCUGCCCCAGUAAUGAUGAAUUACUUCAACAUAGGUGAAGCAACCGAGGAUAGAAAUGAUGGUCUUGGUUUCAAUCACCCCCAGUUGGAGGAGAAGAAGACUAUAGGGAGCGAUUUCACUCCAGAACAAAAGGAAGCCUUGCUAGCCUUACUCAAUAAGCAAGAAGUGCAACAUAUUCAUAGCAUGAACUACAUCUUAACUCAACCUCAGCCACCUCCUCAUGGGGACAAUUUGUUUGAAAUUGAAAGGGUAAAACAGACUUUGCAUGACAGAUUUCGGAUUAAGGACAUAGGUGAUCUCAAGUUCUUCCUUGGCUUAGAGGUUGCUAGGUCUUCAAAAGGCUAGCUCUUACGGGACACUGGCUUUGAGCAUUGUAAACAUGCCUCCACUCCCAUGGACUAUGGGGCGAAAUUGAGCAAGGAUGAUGGAGAUAGUCUGCCUGAUUCCUCCGAUUAUAGGAAAAUUAUUGGAAAACCGUUGUAUCUCUCAAACACAAGGCCGGAUAUAAGCUUUGCAAUUGGCAAGCUCAGCCAAUUCUUGGAUUGUCCCACAACUAAUCACUUGCAAUUGGCACAUAGGAUCCUCAGGUACAUAAAGAACUCUCCGGCAGCGGGGCUAUUCUUCUCGGCCAAUUCUGAUCUAUCUCUCAUUGGAUUUUCUGAUUCUGACUGGGUUGGAUGCCCCAAAUUGCGACGAUUGGUUUCAGCCUAUUGCUUCUAUAAAGGGUUCCUCCCUUGUCACUUGGAAGAGCAAGAAGCGAGUAACUAUCAUAGCUUUCUUCCUCUGAGGCAGAGUAUCGGGCUCUUGCACUGGCCACCAGAGAAGCUUAAUGGCUUAGUUAUGUGUUGAAAGACUUAGGAGCACCUCUUGGUAAACCUGUGAAUUUGUACUGCGAUAGUAAAUCUGCCAUUUAUAUGCUACUAACCCAGUAUUUCACGAGCGUGCAAAGCAUAUUGAGGUUAAUUGUCACAUUGUGAGGGAUAAAUUGCAAGAGGACUUAAUUCAUCUUUUACCAAUUUCUACACAUGAACAAGUCAUAGACAUCAUGACUAAAUCUCUAGCACCAGGACCGUUCAGCACAUUGUGUAGCAAGCUUGGGUUGUUGGACAUUUUUAUGCUCAAUCCUCCCAUCUUGAAGGAGGAUAUUACCUGAUAUAACAUACUACUAUUAGUUGUAUUUAUAAUGAGUUAGCCUUAGUUAGUUCUCCCUAGUUUUGUUAGUGCAGGUUAGCGUAGUAUAUAUACAUAUGCAAUUAGUUGCUGUAUUGGUUGCUGUAAAUAUUUCUUGAGGGAAAGUCAUAAUAAAAAUUAACAUUUUUGGCUCA